UUAAGGUUUCGCUUUUCUUUUCUCUGCAUUUUGGUGCUAUCCACGUAGAUUACGUAUAACAAAGUUUACGAUACCCUGCCAUGGCUAAUUCAUCUGCAUGGUCGGGAGUGAGAAAAGGUGCAUGGUCUGAAGAAGAAGAUAAUCUUUUGAGGAAGUGCAUUCAGGAAUAUGGUGAAGGAAAAUGACAUCUUAUUCCCAUUAGAGCUGGGUUGAAUAGGUGCCGGAAAAGUUGCAGAUUAAGAUGGCUGAACUAUCUCCGUCCAGAUAUAAAGAGAGGCGACUUCAAAUUGGAUGAAGUGGAUCUAAUUAUGCGUCUCCAUAAGCUCUUAGGCAACAGGUGGUCGCUUAUUGCCGGCAGAAUUCCGGGAAGAACAGCGAACGAUGUGAAGAAUUACUGGAAUACUCAUAUUCAGAAAAAGGUAUUUGCCAUGGCAUCUAGCAUGCAAGAUAAUUGGAAGGGCAAAGCCCCCGAAAUGAGGGAAAACAACGUUGUUAGGCCUCGACCUCGGAGAUUAUUCUUAAACACUACCUCAUCAUUAUUAUCUGGGACGCCGCCAUUGACCGGAAAAGCUACCGCCGUUACCUUUGAUGCUCAAAUCCAAGGACAUAAUAAGAUACCGCAGCCGGAAGCAACAUCGGAGUUGGUAACGAAAAAUUUGCAAGAAAACAACACAAUAAUCACGGCGUCAGAAUUAGAGACAACAACGUCAAACGACAGAGUGCAGUGGUGGGAGGAUUUUCUGUUCGACAAUGCAGGAAGCACGUGCAUGAACCAAGGACAAGUCGAUUGGCCUAACUUUCCAACUGAUAUGGACCUUUCGGAACUUUUAAGCUAAUAAAGUCUACAUGGAAUCUUUAGAUGAAUUUUACUUUUAAAUUAGC